GGAUGAAGAAGACGUUGUUUGGGCUGUUUUGAAGGUUUUAGCGCGAGCGCUCCGGGUUUAUUUGUCCGGUUUUGUUUGGAAAUGAAUCGAAAUCCCGGCUCUGAAUCGAUUCAGUGGUGAUUCUGAAGAAUGGAGGAGUUUACAGCGCGCUUUACGGACUGCAGUGGAGUGGAGCGGGCGUGGCUGCAGGACCUGUACUCCGCGGUGAGGGACCGGCUGCAUCCCGCUGUAGGAGCCUCUCUCAGGGUUCCUGUGGAGCAGCUGGCUGAGGCCGUGCUCCGGAGCGUGAGGAGAACCGUGGGCUCUCAGUGUUUACCGGUCAGCUACACGUGCGUGUCUGUUGCAGAGCUGCUGAGCAGGCAGCGCACGUCCUGCUGCAGCAGCCUCACCUGGAGCACCGGUCAGUACAGAGAACAGGCCAAGGAGGCGGAGCAAGCCCUGCCCAAUCACAAAGCCCUGCCCCGCACCAACCUCCUCCUGAUCGGCCUGCUGUGCGACGGACGAGCCUCCGGGCGGUGUGACGGGUUUUGGAGGGUGAGGGACGCAACUGGAGGCGUUCACUGCGAGGUGCUCAAGUCCUCCCCUCUCUGGCUGGGGAAGCUGAUGCUCUUCCCCUCCUGGAACUACAUCUCCCAGGGUGCACCUGGACAGGAAUCGGGCUACUUGGAGCUUAUUGACUCUCCUGUCUGUGUGACCCCUGAACCCACAGCGCCUGACCCCGCAGGGACUCUGAGUGAGGUCAUCGGGGUCAGAAAGGCGGCCAGGCUGCUGAGGCAGAAGUAG